GUACGGACUGGAGUUUACAAAACAAUGUGGUCGUUUGAAGACCUGAUGACAAGUCUGAGAGACUGUGUGAUCACCGAGGAUCAAGCAGCUGAAAAUGUCCGCCAAACACUCAGGCUGUUUUCUGAUAAACUGUCUGAAUCCUCCAGGAGCAGUGUAAAAAGAUGUAAGGAGCGCUGUUUAGAGGAGGCUGCUCAGCUGCUGAGACAGCUCCCAGAGGCGCAGCUUGCUGGUUUAGAGGAGAGCCAUCUCCUGCUUCUUGUCAGACUCCUCAUCUCUAUGCAGUUGCAGAUGGUCAACAUUUCCACAGCCUGUCGUAAAGUGGACCAGAUGCUGCAACAUCUGGCAAAGGUGGAUGACCAGUUGGUUUUUAGAGAAACCCAUAACUGCUUGCACUCCAUGGUCCACACUGAACAGAUUUUGUCUUUUGAGGAUCUGCAGAGAGCCUGUAUGUUCCUGGAAGACAGCGCUGUUGGUCGUAAGGUGUGGGGAGAGUCAUACCUGUCCCUGCUGAAUAAAGUGUCCGAGUUAUUCCCCAUUGUACUGCAACAAGAAUCCCUGAGAGAUGGACCUCUGUGUUACAUUGCUGUCAAGGUGUGCUUGCAGACAUUUCAGCUGUUGUCCAGUGAAGUGGCUCCUCUAGUGUGGGACACAGAGCACGGGAGCCCAGCAGUGCAGAAGAUCUUGCAGGCUCUUAUGGACAUAAUACUUGGACAGUGCUGCAACAGGGACACUCGUCUUUUGGCAGGCACUGCUGUGGCCAUGCUGAUCAACACAGCGUCAGAGAGCAGAGCUGGAGGAGCUGCUGCUUGGAGUCUGCUACAGGUCUCUGACUUAGAGCCCUGGCUGCUGACUGUUGGCGCUCUCCAGGUGCAGUGCACUCCUACAGGGAAGGACGGAGUGGACAGGCUGGCUGUGAGCAGGGGUCUCCUGACCUGCUGUCGACCUCACAUCUUGCUCAGUUCACAUGUGGAUGCCACAGAAAUGUGUUUACUGCUGAAAGGUUUGUUUCCCCUGGUCUAUGCUCUGUGUGAGGAGAAGCUGGACUGUCACUACUUUGCCUUUGAAGUGUUAACACUAUGGCUGAAGAAAGUUAAAGAAUGUCUGGCUGAUAUCUGGAAGAUGACAGGUGUCCGCCUUCUGCCUGACAACGGCAACCUGCAGCAACAGCUCGUUCACAUUAUCUGGACCAAUGCAGAAAGCCCAGUAGAGGGUGUGUCAGAAUUUGUGCGCAGUGCCUUUUGUCUGCUGCUGGACCUCUAUAAGAUGGACUGUGAGCAGUUGUGUGCCACAGAGAAGACUCUUUAUUUCACUCUACUUCAGCGAAUAAUCAAACUACCUUGGGAAGCCAAAGCCAAAUAUCAUCGCCUUUGUGCCUUACUGCCAUAUCUGGGUACUGACAAGGUGCUGGAUCAAUAUGCUGACAUACCCAAUCAUCUCCUGAAGUGCUUGUCAACCAAUCACCUGUCACCAUGUGGAUCAGAGCUUUACAAGUGUCUGAUCCAGCAGCAGAGACAAGAGCUAUGUGAAGUCUCGCAAAAGUCUGAUUCACACACUGAGCUGGAUCUGGCCAAUCAGUGGGCGAGGCGUUGGCAGCCCGUCCUUCACAAGGCGCUGACGUCUGAUGUGACUCUUCUACAGAACAACAGCUCAACACACUUACUUCCCUGCACCUUUCAAGUCUUCCCUUCUGCUGUGGACGCUCUGCUGGCCUCUCUGGACCCAUUCGCCCCCGGACACCUCUACGCGUGGGCCUGCAUCAUGAGCUCCUAUCGAACCACAACCGGAGCCUCUCCCUGGGCUCUCUCGGGUAGCUCAACCCUAGAAACCCUCCAGCUAGCUCUAGGAUCUGCAGAUGACAAAGUCCGCCUCGCUGCUCUCAACCUUCUGUGCUGCAGCCCCAAGACCAAAGACACUCCAACCUCGGACGAGAUGUCAAUAAUGAAGAUGUUUAUUCCUCAGAACCUAAACUGCGAGUCCUCGCCUUUUCGCCAGCAUUUUCAGGCUGGAGUGAAGAGGUUUCUUGUCCGUAUCAGGGAUGGCUGCUUAGCACAUGUCAGAGGACAGAAGGGCAAAAAGAAAGGAGAUACCAGCCACUCAGAGAGACCACAGGAUACACUGGAGCAGGGAAUAGGGUUUGUGGAAUGGUUGGGUCAACUUCCAUACUGCUAUCUAGCACCAGGACACAGUUAUCAGAGGAAGAAGACUGUGUUGCUGUUGCUGUCUGCAGUGCUGGAGACCUGCACAGACACUUGGAGCCCAGACAGAAAGAAAGGACAACCUCCAGCGAAUAUGGGAUCUCUUAUUAACUGUGCCAGACAAAGAGGACAGUGGGAUUUCUUCUGCAGGACAAAACAGCUGGUCCUUAUCAGCUGUUUGGAGGAUUCUACAAAUGAGAUCCGGGAGCUCUCAGCUGACUUACUGUUGAGAUUUUUCCCACCCAGCUUCCCAGAUGAUAUCGCUGCAGUGCUGCUCGUGCGAACCAGGCAGCUUCUGUGCAGUCCUCGGGUGCAGGAGGCUCAGAUGGGAGCACUGAUGAUGAAGGUCCUCCUUCAGAAAUCACCAGACCAGCCUGAAGAUUGCAGGCUCAGCAGUGACAUUACUGUCAGUGAUGUUAAUAACCACAAGGCCUCCCGCAUGAUCAGACUUCUAGUGAAGGAGCUGGAGGAGCAUUAUCUGAUAGCUAAGGCUGAAAUGAUGCUUGCUGCCAGAACCAAGCCCAUACAUGGUAUUGUAAGUGCCCUCCAGAGGUGUUUGCUUGAGGCAGGCAGCAGCGUCUAUGACAUACUUGACCAUAGUCUGGCCAUUGAGGUCCUGGGCCUGCUGGAGAACAUCUCUCUGCUGCUGCUGGGUGUUCUGUACGGAGACCAUGAUGCUUGUGCCACUGAAAAAGAUGCCCCUCCUUCUUUUUGUGAUAUGGGAAACGCCAUCAGCUCGCUGAUAGCCCAGACAUCUGGAGGAGGCCAAGGCGAUGGCGAGGAGUGUGUCCUGCUGUCUGAAGAGCACAGUCUCGUUCUCACCUGCUGCUGGGUCUCCCUCAAGGAAAUAGGAAUCUUUUUAGGUUCUCUGGUGGAGAAAGUUCUCACUGAAUUCAAACCCGGCAAGCACCUUCUAGAAAAAGAGGAUCUGAUAAGAGCUUCAAAAAUAUUCAAGAAUAUUCUUCUUAAAUGCCGUCACUGGGGGGCAGUAGAGGGAUGCUGCAUAGGCUUCACCAAGUUCUGUGCCUGUCUUUUGAGUAGCAAUGAUCCAGAGCUUAUGGAUAUCCCAACGCACAUGCUGAAACAAGGAUUGCAGGUUGUUCAGUGCCCUCGCUCUACAUCUGUGACCCGGCGGGCUGCAGGUUUGCCCAUGCUCAUCCUCUGUGUUGUAUCAGCGGAGGAGGCCAGUAAGGCAAGGCCACUGUUAGCCCACAGUAUGCAAACCUUACUGGAGACAGCCAGAACGCCUCUGCCUGAGAACUGGGACCAAACACUGGACCUGCCACAGGUGUGUGCGGUUCACACUCUGCAGGCCCUGGUGCGUGGCUCAGGUCUUGGAGUAGCUGUCCUUCAGUUUGCUCCUGCUGUAGCCAUCUUGUCUCUCACUCUGCUCAGUUCUCCCUGCUGGGCCAUGAGGAAUGCUGCUCUGCAACUUUACAGUUCUCUUUGCUCACGGAUGCUCGGCCAGCGGCCCAGCAGUGAGGACAGUGGCCCUACCCAGCAUGGCAUGUCCCCUCCUGCCUUCUUCUUCCACUACCCUGCGCUCCAGCCCUUCCUCCUAGGCGAGCUGAAAGGGGCAGCACAAGGCCUGCAGGGUGGACCUAAUGAGGCCAAGCUACAUCUUCAACCCUCGCUCUACCCUGUCCUCACUCUGCUAUCCCAACUCCAGCCUGGUGUCCAAGACUCAAAAGAAACUUUGUCAGACUUCCUGCCUCCUUUACUCCAGCUGUCUGCCAGUCCUAUUUACAGUGUGAGAGUGAUGGCUUCUAAGGCUUUGGUUGCCAUGACUCCCCCCUCAGAAUACAUGAACAUCCUCAUCAAACUGACGGCUCAGCUGCCCAGUCCACAGGAGCGCUGCUUUCACAACCAGCUCCACGGACAGCUGCUGCAGAUCAAAGCUCUUGUAGAGAGAGCUCUCUGCACAGACAGUGCCCCAUCAGCUGCCCUGUCUGAGGUGCUGAGCAGGAUGGAUGCCUCUCUGUGGCUGGUGACUGAUGCUCAACGCUGUCCCUUAGUGAGAGCUGUCUACCUCGGAGUGGCAGGCUCACUAAGAAGAUUCUGCUGUGAUACCUAUCUGUCGAAGCUCAGUGACACACUCAUGCAUGGCCUCCAUACACCCAAAACAGGGCUUCAGGUUGGUUUGUCAUCCUUCCACCAACAAGCCAUCCACUUUCUAUGUGCAGAUCUAAAGUGGGCAUGCCAGAUCUGGAACAGCUUCUCUGCAGCGAGCCCUGACCUGAAGCUGUCACUGGUUACGUGGGUGGUGGAAGGGCGAGGUUUGCAGCAGACCAGCUUGAAAGAGGUGAUCCAGAGGGUGUUGCAGUCAGACCUGAUGGAGGCAUUGUUGAGCCACAGUGUGGAGUACCGCAGGACCUACCUCGCAGCCCUGGUAGCAGUAAUGGCCGGAGGUGAUUCUACUUUACCCCAGCAUCUUCCUCAGUCGCCCCCACUGGAGGAGCCAGUUCUGCCUGAGUGUCUGGAUUUGUUGCUUGGGGACCUGGAGAACCAGCGAGGCGGGCCAGAGUUUCUGUCCCAGGCUCUGUGUGCUGCUAGUCUGCUGCUUUCCCGGUGUCUAAAGAUAUCCGUGCUGCUGCGCUGGUGUAGCGUACUGGAAUGCCACCGGUCCCCAGACAUACCUGAAGUGCUCAGGAUGGCGUGUGCUGAAGCUCUGUGUGUGGCAGGAGUUCCACUUAUGAGCCACAACCUGAGAAAACACAGCACUGCCAUCACGCUCAGGUUGAUCAACACAGGCCUUUACUUGCUGCAGGACCAAAGCCAGCAGGUGAGGAUGAAAGCGGCUUGUUUUACCUCCAUGCUGCACCAUUCGAGAAGAGGGGAAGGCCAGAGGAGCGUCUACCUUAUGCAGGUCAACCAGGCUCUGCCGCUCCUGCUGGAGGAAUGCGUCGAUACUCCCGGCACAUUGGAGGUCCUGCUGUGUCACCUGCCUCAGUCUGACCUCAGAUGUUUGCUGAGAGAGAUUUCAGAGACAGGGUGUUCCAGUCUGUAUGAGCAGGAUGAGGCCAAUGUGUUUGCAGAGCCCUCUGUGAUGUCAACACACGUGCUGCCUUACCUGCUGCAGAUGGCUGAAAAAUACUCUGAAUCCUCUGCUUUGGUACAGAGCCUGAGUGCAUGGGCAGAGCAGAGUGCUGCACAGGUGCCAGACAGCCUAGCAGUGUGCAAAGAGCUUCAGUCAGAGACACUGACCCCGGCCUGGCUGGCUCUCCUCACGAACCCCCGCUUCCACAACACCCUGUGCGGCCUGUUCACCAGGGCUGCCUUCCUCCUCCGACUGUUGAAAACAUCUAAUGAUGUGCGACACCUUUGUGAUCCUUCAUCCCUGCACACAAAUUUACAGGAAGUUUGUGGUCUGCUCAGUCAGAACGGUGUCCACUUUCCAUCUGCUUUAACAGCUGCUGUGGCUGGAGAGCUGCCACUGUGACAGAACGGAGGAGCUUUUUUUGUAACACUCAAUGAGUAAAGCCUCUUGGCCGAUGUGGCCCAGGAUAAAAUUACCUUAUGGCAUUUUCAUGUGCUGCUUUAGUCUUGAAUGAGUAUUGCAAGUGCUGAUGCUGCAGGACACCAGUACUUGGCAGGCUAUCUGAGUUAUGUAAGAGUUCCAUGACUAGGACUACUUGUAUCCAUCGUCAUAUCACCUACAUACUGGAGGCACCCACUGACCGUUAUGUGCCAGGUGCACUUGAGGAGGACUGUGUAGCAAAACAGGUGUUCCUCAUAACCUCUGUUUUUGCUGCAGUGCUUACUGAGUUUACAUUUUCUAGAGCUUUAUUCAUUUUUAGUAUAAAGCUUUUUUUAAUGCAGAAGUACAACCACUAGGGUAUCCCCACUUCUGUCUUUAUGAUCACCACCACCCAAAGCAAUAUGCUCAUUCUUAUUCCCAGAGCAAUUCUCCUCUUUUCUGUUGUUGUAUGCCGUUUCUCGUGUCUCAGCAGCAGCAGCAGUAACAGUAGCAGGGCUCAGACUGAUGCAGUGAUGUAAUGCAACAGCAUCUGGAGAAAUUGGCUUCUUGGUGCCCAGCAGGGGAAUAUAGUGUACGCUUUAAUGCUCCAUUAGAGGCCUUUGGCCUUGAUAAGUGUCCAUUUACCAACCACAUGAGGGCUGAACAUGAUUGACUGGAUCUGAUAGAGGGCUGGUGGUUGCUCCGCAACAGACCACACACUAGAGCAGUCUUACAUCACCAGAUAGCCCAUUGCUUCUGUUUGAGAUGGGCGGCUCUCAGUAUUAGACAAACACCGACAUGAAGGAGAUUGCACAUGGUAUGAAUGACCAUAUUAGUCGAUUAAAUGUAAGUUAAAUGUACGUGGGACUUUUAUUGUUGUAUCUUCACAACCUUUAUUUUCUCUGGAUAUGGUAUUGGCAAACGUAGUUAAAUCCUCAGAAUGGACACUUUCUAAACAAGCAAUUUAUUAGAAUCUAAGUAUAAACCAGUGCAGUUAGUUUAUUUUUUGUUUUUUCAUAUACCUCAGCAUAUAAGGUACCUCUACUUCAGAUAAGGUUGCCAUUGUGUAUGCAUGAGGCAUUGUGCAUCUAGAUUAUGCAACAGCUAUGACAUCAAGCUUACUGAUGAUUCAUAGAUAAAGCUUAUGCAAUGUAUUUCCUUAUGACCCAUGCCAAAAUUAACACACGUAGAGCGUGUAGAGCUCUAUGAGAUUAACAGGUACCUCAAAGGAAGCUACAAGUGGUUCUUGUUGAGAACAUGACACAGAACAUUAAGUGACCAACAAGGUAAUCCUAAAUAAUGAAAACUGGACUGCUGAAUCAUCUUAUCAAGGAGUUUCCUAAAGUUUACGCCACACUGAAUCACAGCUACACUAUUAACUGAUGGAAAAUGUCUGCUGUUGAGAGAACGCCUGUUAUCAGGCAAAAACAAUCAACAUGCCUGAAAACAAAGGCUUAAUUAUAAGGAAAAGAUAUUUUACUUUUUAUUCAUCUAUCAGACUCUAUUUGAACAAGGUGAGCAAAUGAUGUCAUCUGUCUUGACCCUGAAAACAAAUUUUGAGAAGUGUGUUUAAAGAGCAAAGGCUGGAAAUUGCCUGAAGGCAAAUUGUGUAUAAAACUGUAAAAUGACCAUCUGGCUUAAUAAAAGCCUUUUCUGUCGUUACUGGGAGUGCAGAGUCUCUGGACCCUCAGUAAGGCUGCAUCCUCCUAAUGAAAUGAUUAACUAUGGCAACAGGGAAAAAGGCCAAGUAGGUACAACCACUUUUAUUUGGUGUGGGUGUAUGUGUGUGCACGCAUACAGACGUAUGCACCAUUUGGAGCAUGAAAAAGUGUUUUUCCACUGUUGGAUUCUGAACUCUUAAGGUUAAAAAAAGGUCAAGAGUGCAUAUUUUUUUAUUCUACAAAAUGGAGUUACAGAAAAAAAAAAUCUUAAUGAAUUAAAUCCAUUUAAAAAGA